CUGUGUUCGUCAACACUAAAGUGGUACUAGUAGCUGCCACUUUCAGUGUCUCCGCCUGGCUUUACUGUCCAUUGAUUUGUAUCGAACGCUCAGGUGUGAGGGAACCAGUAACACCUCUCAGCGUCUAUACCCGCUCAGGUGCUAAUUAGUCCACCUGUCCCAUCAUUGAAUGCCCGACUGGGAGACACGAUAUUUGACCUGUGCCAAACUUUCUCCUGUUUUCUCUCGAACAGGUGAGAGGGAAUAUUUGGUCCCGUGAACGCCUGUUGUAGCCCGGGUGUGCGGACGUAGGUCUGUCGCUUGAUAUUGUGACACUACCCUUACCAUCACCUUGUCACCAUGGCGACAGAAACAGCAUGCCAGUCAGCUUCAGAGGGAAUCGGUAACAUGAUAUAAUUUACAUCAUUUGCAUAAUAAGUGCCUUGACAUGCGCACUUGAGCCCUGCCUUAUUAAUGAUAGAUUGGCUUAAAGAGAAUACCUGCCUGAUAUACGUGGUUGGAGUUAGAAGAACUGACAGUUGAGAAGACCUAAGGAAAUACAAGCCAAGAGAGCCUAUGUGUUUACAGAACUGACUUCAAGCAUGGAUACCUGUCCUGUCACCUCGCCAGGUGUGGCAACGCAUCGCUGACAUACCUGGUCGUGUAUCUACCCGAGGACUAAGGUGUCACUUCAACCAACAUGCCCGGGGCGAGACGUGGGCUUGUUGCCCCCCAGAACACCUUUCUUGAAAACAUCAUCCGUCGAUCCAAUGGCCAACACAGCAGCUUUAUACUGGCCAACGCUCGGAUCGUGGAGUACCCUAUCGUCUACUGCAAUGACGGCUUCUGUAAGCUUGCCGGCUACAACCGGGCGGAGGUUAUGCAGAAGAGCAGUACGUGCAGCUUCAUGUAUGGCGAGCUGACCGACAAGGAGACCAUCCAUGGCCUGGAGGACGCCUUCGAAACGAUGGAACAGGAGCAGGUCGAAAUUCUGCUCUACAAGAAGAACAGGACUCCACUAUGGCUACUCCUGCACGUGGCCCCCAUCAAGAACGAGAAGGACCAAGUGGUGCUAUUCAUGUGCUCCUUCAAGGACAUUACUGCCCUCAAACAACCAAUCGACGACGAAGGCGGCAAAGCUGGUUUGAGCAAGUUCGCCCGCCUGGCGCGGUCUGUGACGCGGAACCGGUCCACCCUGCUGCAGUUUUCAUCGCAUAUGCCAAAUACAAAGUUUGACAACUCAAAGCCGUCACAAAUUGCGAACCAGAUGAUGAACCUGAACACGGAUGUCCUACCCCAGUACCGCCUGGAGGCUCCCAAGACGCCUCCCCACAUCAUCCUCCACUACUGCGUCUUCAAGACAAUCUGGGACUGGAUCAUCCUCGUCCUCACCUUCUAUACCGCCAUCAUGGUCCCUUAUAACGCCGCCUUCAAGAUCAAGACAAUGGACCAGCUGCCCCUCCUCGUUAUCGACAGCAUGGUGGAUGUCGUGUUCUUCGUCGACAUCGUUUUGAACUUUCACACCACAUUUGUGGGGCCAAGUGGCGAGGUUAUAUCAGAUCCUAAGAUCAUACGAAUGAACUAUUUAAAGAGCUGGUUCGUGAUUGACCUACUUUCCUGUUUACCAUACGAUGUCUUCAAUGCGUUUCAGUAUGUGGACGAUGGAAUCAGUACUCUGUUCAGCGCCCUCAAAGUGGUUCGUCUUCUCCGACUGGGGCGUGUCGUGAGGAAGCUGGAUCAUUACUUGGAGUACGGGGCCGCCAUGUUGGUUCUGCUCAUCCUAGUCUUCAUACUCUUCGCCCAUUGGUUCGCGUGCAGUUGGUACUCCAUAGGAAACGCCGAACUGCUAAGUAACGUGGAAUACGGUUGGCUGCCUAUCCUGGCCAAGCUGACCAAGUCGCCAUUCAUACGAUCCAACACAUCCUCAGUGGACGAGCUGGAAGGCGGGCCGGACAAGAGCAUGCGUUAUCUGACCUCCCUGUACUUCUCUCUGUCUUGCAUGACCGGCGUCGGCUUUGGCAACGUCGCCGCCAACACCGCAAGUGAAAAACUCUUCUCCGUCUUCAUGAUGAUCAUUGGAUCGCUUCUGUACGCCACCAUCUUCAGUAACGUGACGACGAUAUUCCAGCAGUUCUACGCCAGCUUCGCCCGCUACCACGACAUGCUCAACAGUGUCCGGGAAUUCAUGAAGCUGCACGACGUCCCCAAGGCUCUCAGUGAACGUGUAAUGGACUACAUCGUCUCCACCUGGGCCAUUACCAAGGGCAUCGACGCUGCUAAGGUUUUAAACUAUUGCCCCAAGGACAUGAAGGCUGACCUCUGUGUCCACUUGAACCGGAAGGUCUUUCUCGAGCAUCCUGCAUUCCGAUUGGCUAGUGACGGGUGUCUGCGCGCUCUGGCCAUGCACUUCAACAUGACACACAGUGCACCGGGUGACCUCAUCUUCCACCAGGGAGAGAGUCUCGACGCCCUGUGUUUUGUCGUGUCGGGGUCACUAGAGGUCAUCCAGGACGAAGAGGUGGUUGCAAUACUCAGUAAAGGCGAUGUAUUCGGUGAUAACUUUUGGAAGGAGCAGACGAUUGGUCAGUCUACUGCCAAUGUGCGCGCGCUGACCUAUUGUGACCUCCACUCCAUCAAACGAGAUCGUCUGCUGGAGGUUCUAGAGUUCUACCAUGCCUUCGCCAACUCCUUCGCCAGGAACCUCACCCUCACCUACAACCUCCGGCACAGGCUCAUUUUCCGAAAGGUCGCAGACGUCAAGAAAGAACGUGAACUAGCCGAGAAGAGAAAGAACGACCCACCUCUCGAUCUUGCAAACGACCAUCCAGUGCGCAAACUCAUAUCUCGCUUCCGUAAAAUUAGUGACGCACGCACGCAACAGGUCGGAAUCGAUGUCGAGAAAGGACAACAAAAUGGCGGCCAAGCUCUGAACAAUGUCGAGAGACCAAAGAGUGGUACGAGGGUCAUCAAUGUCUCCGAGAGCAGUGCCACCCCGGCUGUUCCCAAACUUGGAGGGGGGUCAUCCAAGUGGGGCAAGUUUCUGGGUGGGAUGGGUGGCGGAGGAAAGGGACAGGACCCUGCACCUGACAACAACCAAAAUAAAAUGCUAAUGACUGAAAUUCCCCCAAAGACUGACAAUCGUGCGAAUGAUGCCCCCAAAGCCGCCGUUAAACCUCUGUCCAAGUGGGGCAAGUUUCUCAGCAAGCAACAAGAGCCAAUUGUCGAAUCCCCCGAAGAGGAGGUGAAGACCAACCUGAAAAAGACCGAUUCUACUGAUAGUGGAAUUCUACGAAGUAACAACUGUCUUGACCAGAUAGGGGAAGAGCCUGUUCGGAGCGGCGAGCAGACCAACAGAACCAGUAUAAACUCGCUGGGGGGCCUGUCUGCAGCAGAACAGCAUAUGAUGACGUCACUGUACGACAUACGGCUUGAGAUUAAAGAGGAGAUGGACUCUCUUAAUUUCAAGAUGAACAGAAUCGAUGAACAAAUUAGUGAAAUUCUAAGAUUCUUUUCACCUACAUCCACCCCGUGUUCGUCUUUAAUCUCCACAUACCCUAGCUCAAAGUUCAACUCCCCGCAAAACAUGACGACGUCGAACAGUGUCGAACAUUCUCCAAAACACUCUGCUUCAUCAUCCCCGAGACAUUUCCGGGAAAACGCAGAUGGGAAAUCCAGUUUAGCUGGUUCUUCAGCUUCCGGUGACUCCAGUCCUCGCCGGAAGUCUAGUCCAGAUCCCUACGUGACAACGUCACAGCCUCACAACACCAGUCGGAGGUCGAGCAAGACCUCAAGCGGAAGUGUAGUGAGCGUCGGAAGCGGAAGUAGUAAGGCCUCUGGGAAGAGGAAGACUUCUGAUCAGCAACAAGUGAGCACGCUGGCCAGUCAGACCCAAGGGUUACCUGAAGAUGACGAGCAUGUGCAUAUCAAAGACCGUGACCUUGACAUUUUAUGAAACGUUUCUUGAUAUAUAUAUCACGGGAGAUUAGUACCGUUAGAAUGGAAAUUUUACACUUCCAGUUUUUCAAGGAUAUCUGUGUUAAUUCAUUUUCCGUCCUUGUGAAUCAAGGUUUAGCAACAUGCACCUUGAGAUGAAAGUCGACUUUAGUCGAGUGAGACACCGUUUACGUGGCUGACUGACCCCAAACACCAGUGCCACACAAUUCAGAUGACCAAAGCAGUUGUCUCCAUUUGACGCCACUCCACAGAGCUGCGAGUUUUUGGUGCAUUGCACACCGUGGGUGUGUCGUUUCCCAUGUGUUGUUAUGGUGACGUAUCUUGAAGGACUGAGGACAAAGGUUGUGAUAGAGACUGGACUCUGGAUGCAAAUGAAGAAGCUAUUGUUAACGGAUUUAAUGUGAUGUUUUCGCAACUACCCUGUGAUGUAAGUUUGAUGGAGUCCUUCCACCAAUCUUGUCUGUAGAACCAGUUUGCUUCUUUGGAGUGAACAGAUGCAACAAGUUACUCUACCAACAAUUAUUUAGGAUGUGCCUUGGAUGGGUGCUCCAAAGUUCAAAUAUAUUAUUUUCUACAAACUCAAAACGUUAUUGUUGAAAUGUGCAAGCCGCAUUGCAUUUGUUGGCUGUUAACAUUAUAUUGACUUCUUGAGAGGUUGUGAUAUCACGUGACCGAGGGUCAAAGGUGAAAGGACAUAUGGAGGGUUCGUCUCAAGACGUAUAGGGCAAUCAAGCUAUUAUUUCGUAUAUAGAGAUGACGCCGGCCAUGCUUACAUACACGUCCACUGCCUGCUAUUACAUAAAUGAGAUUUUCACACAAUCAUUCCGAAAUAUACAGUAUCUGUAUACAAACCAAUUGGACUCAAUAGAUGUUGACUUGUGGCGACAUCCAGGUAAUGAGACCUUUAGAUUGGAUAUACCUUCUUUUCUUGAAAUUCACGUAUUGUUUUUUUCAGCUUCAUGUAUACAUAUUCACAUAAUUAGACAUCAUGACAGUGCUAGCUGCAGUUGCCAUUCGCUACUUACAUGGAAAGUAAAACGACCACACCCAAGGGUACUGUGUAGGUUCUUUAUUUGGGAGGUUUCAAUGCACAUCGCUCGGCAUAUUUGAAAAACAGUUUUGUGUGUACGAAAGAGAAGUUCGUAAUGGACCGACCGUUUAAUAUUCUUGAGGCAGGCCUGAGAUUUUGUAUGGUCCCUCUACAGAUGCAAAACCAGGUUUUUGAAAAAUUAAAAAAAAGGGCAUAAUGUAAAAAUAAUUUAAGAACACCUUGAAAUAACGUACUUCGUGUGACAGACAAUUCCUUUUUCAACAUUUUGAAGAAUAAUUAUUAUUUUCAAGCAUUUGGGACAAUAAAUAUAUAUUGAUAAAAUCCCACUACCCCCACCCACCCCUGCAAGAAUAUCAAAUGAUCGGUCCCUGAAUAGUACCAUUGCGGACUCCUUCUACAGACUGAGAUUCAUUGAGAUUCGUACGCUGGGUUGAGGCGAGCUGAGUGAAUUCUGACAAUUCUUUGUACUAUUCUGUUGUCAGUACGUUCUGCAGUCGGCAGUCAGCUACCCAGGAACAUGUCCGACUGGUAGUGCCCUCUUAACUAUUCUUACAGCAAGUACUCUGUAAACCAUUGCCUUACAACUAUUUAAAUCAUUCCGGAUAUGGUCUCCGUCUCUUAACCUCUGUGCCAGUCAGACCGUCAUUCUACUGUCUUUUGUAAACCCCCUAAUAGACAGUACUGUCUUUUGUAAACCCCCUAACAGACAGUACUGUCUUAACACUGCUCGCAUUACUCUCUAAACCAUUCAUACCAUUCAACUGCAGGUGAAUCUUCACGAAAGAUAAGUCAAAAGACUAAAUCUAAACAUAUGUACGAGUAUAUAAAAUUGUAUUGAUUAUAAAUCCGGUUUCGCAGCAAACCUCUUGUAAAUUAUUUUUUAAAAGGAUGCGGUAGGUGAAAAAUGAGGGGACGAGUUAUCCUUAAAUAAGUCCGACUUUCAGUAUUUUCUAAACCUUUAAACAGUCAGUUAUCCUAAAACAUUCUUACGGUCGAUACUCUGUUAACCAUUCCGACAGUCAUAUCUCAUAAAACAAUUCUGAAAGUUAGUGCCCUCUAAACCAUUCUAACUUCAAUUAUACCAUUUCCGACAAUCUAUACUCUUUAAAUAAUUGACAAACGUGUCUCUCUUAAACAAUUCUGCGAUUAGACUGGAAUGUGAUGAAAUGGUGCCCUGUCUCAAAUUCUGAGUGCAACAGUCGUUAUUCCGGUGACCGUUUUUAGAGGGUGUCGGUAAAGCCAUGAAAUGAGAACUGCAUCUAGUGUUUACUUUCCACCACGAAGCUUUACUAAGUGACUAGUUCACUAUGCAAGGUCACACAUCAUAUUGUCACUUUACCUAUUAGUAAUCUACGAACUUGAACACCAUGUAUAUAUUUACUACAUGUCGGUCAAAAUAAUCAUGUUUAUCUAAAACUUGUUUUUUACAAUAUUUCACCAGAAAACCACCGAUUCUUACCUCUUCUUUAAACAUUCCACCAACAGUCUCACUUUCAUGCACUUCUCUAUCAAACCACAUGCAAAUGCAGUUUUUACAUUGCUAUUGAUUUGUUUCAGACUUUUCAGACGAUGUCGUUACAUCAGUUAAAUAUUCCAAUAUUUGAUUUUCACUAUGUUUUAUUUGCCCUCUGAAUUACCCGCGGGCUUGAUCGUGCUGUGAUAGCCCUAACUAGCACGAACUUGAGACACGUUUUACCUCCGCGUGCAUAACUCUUAGAUUUAGCCUUACAUCUUCAGAGGGUUGUGUAAAUAGUUGCGUGUUUCUCUUGUUUGCUGUUAAUCUGUUAUCAAUUACAUGUUGCUCUCAAAAACCAUUUAUUUUGUCUCAUUUUCAUCUUUAAAUAAAAUUUUGAUCUAUUCAU